CUCAUGAGAACGAAUGCAUAAAGGAAUGAUAAAAGUAUUUCACAGUACAAAAGUUCAAAUCGCGGCCAUUGGAUAAUAUAAUUUGGUAUUUGAUUUAAUAUAGCGAAUUUAGAUUGGCAUGCCAAUUAGAAAGAAAGAUAUCAAGUAUUUUAAUGCAACUUUUUGAGUUAAUGUAUAUUAAAAUUAAGCUAGAUCAUUUGGGCAGCAGAAGGCGGAGACCAGCAAAUACUUAACGAUUUUUAAAAGGAUCCAAGAUAAAGAAAUGUUUAAACGUACAUUUAAGGUGGUAUUCCGUCCAACUAAAAGCAACUUUCUACUGCUGCCUGAGAACUAUUACAGCGUGGUGUCAACAUACGAUACUGGCUGCUUAAGCUUACAGUACAGCGGGCACACACACUACGCAUCAUGGGCGCCACAUGCGGGCGCAGUCAAAGAUACAGAAAUUGGGAUCAAUGCCAGGGUGGCGAAAGAAAUUGGUUUAUGUGAGAAUGAUUUCGUAAAAUGCUCGCUCGUCGCUGACGUCUUGACAUUGAGGAGUGUAUUCGUUACACCGGUGUCGGCCAAGGACUGGGAAAUAAUUGAGCUUAGCAGUGAAAAAAUCGCAAGCAGCGUUCUUGAACAAACACGGAUUGUGAAUUCCACACAAAUUCUUAUAGUAUGGAUAAACAAGUCAAUGCAAGUGGCCUUAACAGUAGAUCGACUGCGUCCCAUUGUCACCUAUGGACGAAUUGACCACAACACAGAAAUGGUUAUAGCUCCAAACUUGUACAAAGGUAUGACAAAUGGCAACAGCAAUGACACCUCGUCUGAUACCAGUGAGUCAAGCGGUAAAACUUCAAGUCACUUGGUACGUAGCAGCACCACCGCUCAAAUUCGUAAUGAAACUGCCGCAAACGGCGAGUCACAACUGGUUCGUUCUACAACGGCAAGCUAUAUUAAAAAGUUAACACGGUCAGACUCGCUUGCGAAAACUAGCCGUAAAGACAAAAUGAUUCGUUUAAAGAAGGAUUUGCGUCGUGAAAGCACUCAUAUAUUUGAGUUUCGUGCAAUAAACGGAGAGUGGCAAACAAAUUCACAAAUUUCAGACGUAUUUCUGAGCAAAAGUAACUGGCCUGAAUUUUUGGAGUUGGACAACAUCUACUGCAUGAAGACACCUAGUGAACAGGAAUACUAUGUAAAAGUACGUGUGCUGGCUGAUGAUGAGCUACCCUGUACUGCGCACACAAGCAUUCAAGUUUGUUUGAAUCUCAUGCAGAAAUUGAAUUUGAAAGAAAUGGAGAAAGUAGUACUUAAACCAAAAGCGUCAGUGGUUAAUUUCGUAGAAAAAAUAGAAUUAUUCGCCCAAAAGAAAACACAUUAUAAGAUUAUUGAAAACGCGUUUAAACGAUACGUUAUUGAGAAAACAAACAAGUCAUCCAUGCUACUGAAUCAGGACGAGGUUGUACGUUUGGAGGAGGAUCUAAUUGUAACUGUUGGCAUUUUGCCGGAACACUUCCGCUACUGUGUUAUAGAUUCGCAAUUUUUAAAAGAGUCAAAAAUCUAUGCUGCCGAUUUGGUUCGUAAGGUCGCUGAGACCGUUGAAGUUCAACCGAAAAUAGAAUCCCCAUUAACUGUUAAGGAUUUAAUAAAACUGCCUGCAUAUAAUGAAAUAGUUGCCAAUUUAGUGGGCGAGUUGAAAAUGGAUUUGUGUUUGGAUUCCAAGAAUUCAGUACUUAGGCAAGGAAAUGUACUUAUAGCGGGUGCAUCUGGUACCGGUAAAUCUGUGCUGGUAGAAAGGAUAUUGGAUGAGUUGGUUAAGAAACCUUAUUUUUGUUUUUUCGACAUAUUCUACUGUUCACGAAGCAAAGGAAGAAAGGCUGAAUCGAUACAAAAAGACUUGCGGAGCAUAUUCACUACUUGCUUGCAAAAUGCACCUUCAAUUGUUGUGUUAGAGAAUCUCGAUGUGUUGGCUCAUUCUGCAGGUGAUCAAGCAACACAGGACGGGGAAUACUACAACCGCAUCGCCGAUACGGUGCAUCAAUUGAUUGUUCAAUAUACCAGUACUAAUCCCAUUGCAGUAAUUGCGACAGUGAGUGCGUUACAAGCACUAAACAAACGACUUUAUUCACCGCGUGGACGACAUCUCUUCCAAAAUGUAACUAAAAUGCCUGGUUUGGAGCGCGAUGGAAGGGAAAUAAUACUUCAAGAACUGUGUGCUCAUAUUGAAUCCGAAAAGUUAGAUUUGCGAAAAUUCGCAAACUUAACCGAAGGUUACAACAAAGGAGACUUAGUGCAGUUCGUUGAGCGUGCUAUAUUUUAUGCUUACAGAAUAAGCAAAACACAUCCUAUCCUUACAAAUCAGCUUUUAAUAGAAUCCUUAGCGAAUACGAAUUCGUACUGCUUGCACGGUAUUGAAAAUCACCAAAAAUUUAACCAAGACGAUGACCUCGAAGAAUUGUCCGUCGAAGAGGUGCCUGGUUUAGAGUCAGUUGUUUCGGUGUUGGAGGAAGUUUUGAUGUGGCCUUCAAGGUUUCCAAGCAUUUUCCAAUAUUCGCCGUUACGUAAUCAGGCGGGUGUGUUGCUAUAUGGACCACCAGGUACUGGUAAAUCGUUCCUGGUAUCGAGAAUUGCAAGCUCGUGGAACUUGCGCACAAUAUCCGUAAAGGGGCCUGAAUUGCUGGCGAAAUAUAUUGGACAAAGUGAAGAAAACGUUCGUAACUUAUUCAAUAGAGCCCGCAGCGCUAAGCCGUGUGUAUUGUUCUUUGACGAAUUCGAUAGUUUAGCACCAAAACGUGGCCAUGACUCAACCGGCGUUACAGAUCGCGUAGUAAACCAAUUGUUGACUGAAUUGGAUGGUGUGGAGAGUUUACAAGGAGUAACAGUAAUUGCCGCCACUUCUCGACCGGAGCUUUUGGAUCCAGCAUUAUUACGUUCCGGACGAAUUGACCGGCUAGUUGAAUGUACCCUGCCCGAUGCUACGGCCCGAGUGCGCAUCUUCGAAGCAUUAUCAGCUUCGUUGAAUCUCGAUGACUCGGUUGAUUUUGACCACCUCGCAGCUCGCACGCAAAACUACACGGGUGCUGAUAUACAAAGCUUACUAACUUCGGCCAAUAUGAUAGCAGUAAAGGAGGCCUUGUCACAAUAUGGACAUGAG